CAACAACAAAUCAGCACGGAACGGAAGGGAAGGGGGCAGCAGUAAAACCGAAAAGGCGAUCUGUGAGUUCGGCGUCCCGCUGCCGCCCAGCCAGCCAGGCCAGCUGCCUCCUCCUCCUCGCUACAAGUCCUCUCCCACUCCGCCCCCUUCUCAAAGCCUGGAGAAAAAAAAAAAGGACGAGAGGCCGUGAAAGAAUCCCCAAAAUCGCAACGCAGAAUUAAACAAAACCGGAGCGGUAGAUACAAUAAGCAAAAGCAUCCCCGCAGCUGCCACCGUCACGCCACCGCGCCGCGCUGCCGCUGCGGAGAGAAAGAGGCAGGCGAGAGGGGAGGGAAGGGGGGAAAUCGCCUGCCGCGGUGGGUUGGUGGGUGCCGCCUCCGUCUCCUGCUCCUGUUCCGCAGCCCACCCUCAUUUACCUCGCCUGACCUCGCAUGGAUUCGCGCUCCCUUCUCCGCCACUCCACGCGCCGAUCCGCCACCUGCCAGGAAAGCGCGACGCGAUCCAAUUGAGGUCGAGGAGGCGGGGGGUUACCUGUCUGUCAGUGUGUUCCCCUUUUGCUUCCGCCCAGCCUGGCCGCGCUGCCGCUGGACGAAAUCGCUCGCCUGCACGGCGUCUUGGUGGGGUGGUCGAAGCCACCGCGCGGGCGGACCGUCGCAAGGAAGCGGUGGCCUCGCCGUGGGAGCGCUAUGCUGUGGGUGGCGCGCCUUUCCGGCUUCUUAUCCGCCGCCAUGCUGAUGGUGGUGCUGUCGCCAUCCCUCCAGUCCUUCCCGCCCGCCGAGGCCAUCCGGUCAUCGCAGUUCGACGGCAACGUUCGUUUUCCCGGCCAGAUCGCGGGGGGUGCCAGGGGGAUCGCCUUCCGCCGCGCCCCGUCCUUCCGCAAUGCCGAUGACUGCGGGAGCGGCGGCAAAGGAAACGGCACCGCCGCCAAUGUCUGCGAUCCCUCGCUCGUCCACAUCGCGAUUACGCUCGAUGAGGAGUACCUGAGGGGCUCCAUCGCCGCAGUCCACUCGGUGGUGCAGCACGCCAGGUGCCCCGAGAGCGUCUUCUUCCACUUCCUCGUCUCCGACCCGGGCCUCGGGGACCUCGUCCGCGCCGUGUUCCCGCAGCUCCGGUUCAAGGUCUACUACUUCGACCCCGGCCGCGUCCGGGGGCUCAUCUCCACGUCGGUGCGGCAGGCGCUGGAGCAGCCGCUGAACUAUGCGCGGAACUACCUGGCCGGCCUCCUCGAGCCCUGCGUGCGCCGCGUCAUCUACCUCGACUCCGACCUCGUCCUCGUCGACGACGUAGCCAAGCUCUGGCGCACCGACCUCGGCGGCCGCACUGUCGGCGCGCCGGAGUACUGCCACGCCAACUUUACCAAGUACUUCACCAAUCGGUUCUGGUCGGACCAGCGGUUCGCCGGAACAUUCGCGGGGCGGCGGCCGUGCUACUUCAACACGGGGGUCAUGGUGCUCGACCUCGAGCGGUGGCGGCGCGUGGGCUACACGCAGCGCAUCGAGCGGUGGAUGGAGAUACAGAAGUCGCCGGCAGGGCGCAUCUAUGAGCUGGGUUCACUACCGCCCUUCCUGUUGGUGUUCGCAGGGCACGUGGCGCCGAUCGAGCACCGGUGGAACCAGCAUGGCCUCGGUGGCGACAAUGUCUUUGGCAGCUGCCGCGACCUCCACCCGGGGCCGGUGAGCCUCCUGCAUUGGUCCGGCUCCGGCAAGCCGUGGGCGCGGCUCGGCGCGGGGCGCCCGUGCCCGCUCGACGCGCUCUGGGCGCCCUUCGACCUGUACGGCCCCGGCGGCGCCGAGGAGUCCUGGUAACCGCAACACUUGAAAAAGAAAGAUUCUUUUCCUUCUUUGGCCGACCCGUAUAAAUUCUGAGCCCUAAUUCUUGGUAUCCAUUACCUGUUCAAACCUAUAUGUUUUUUCUUCCCCUUAUCGUUUUUUUGGUUCUGUUCGAUCAAAUGUUUUGUGUUAGAUUGUUCAUGUUGGUACCUAGUGAUCUCUUCUCCCACUCUUUUUGAUCGUUUUGUUACUAGACGAGGUCAUUUGUAAUCGUUUUAUUACUAAACGAGGUCAAUUGUAUCCUACUUCACAGGAUUGCAGGCAUGCAGCCUCAUUACCAUAAAUAAAAGAACAGAAAAACAGACUUUUGCAGUA